AUGUUCCACUUGGACUUACAGGUGCACAAAUUAUCCCUGCUCGAAAUAGGAUGCCCAACUAAUGCAGUACCAGUUGCACCAAAUGCUGGAGGAGGUGUUCCUAUUAUUCUAGCAGGAAUUCGAUCUGGACAAAGGCUUUGGUGGAUAAAAAAACAUUAUCCAACUGCUAAUAAAUAUAUAAAGAUGUUAGAAAUUGGAGCAUUAAGACAAGGCGUAUAUGAGAGUGUACCUUCAUUCUGGACAAAAAUUCAGAAAUAUGGCGAUCAACUCGGUUAUACUCCAGCACAGAAAAAAACCCAUUUCUUAUCUGGAGUUAGACCUGAUAUUAGAGAUGAAAUUUAUAGAAUUGGUCAAACAAAACCCAUUAACAAUAUUAUUGAUAGUUUGGAAGAACUUGAAUUAUGUCAUGGAAUAUUACAACAGGCACUAUCUCAACCUCGCUAUGCACCUAUUGCUCCUGCUAUUCCAGAUAUAGAAAAAUUAAAGGCUGAACUUCAAGCACAACAACCACAAGUUGCAACAGUAGGAAAUUUUCAACCCCCACCCAAGUUUUACCCUAUAAAAUCAGAAAAAGCUUGGCAAGCAUUUUACAUAGUAGAUCAAGAAGGUAAUAAUAUGGAUUUACUUACCCAAGAUCCAGAUUACCUUAAAUACCUCGAGCAAGCAAAAGCCUUAUAUAAAACACUACAAAAAUCCAACCAAUCUGUCAGAAUGGAUAGAAUAGAAGAAGGGCUUAAUGAAACUCGAGAUACUAUAAAUCAGUUAGCAGACCAAUUACAGAAAAAAGUGUAUAUAAAGAAAUGUGGAAUUUGUGGAGAAACAGGACAUAGCAAAGGCAAAUGCCCCAAUCAACCUACGGUCCAAUCUAAUUAUACCCGAUCAUAUUUUACAUCUCUCAAGCCAAUAUAUCCCCAAUACACACCUCCUAAUUCAGAUGAUAGCGAGGAGGAUGAAGUUACAGAAUCUAAACAAAAUGAAAAAGUCACUAUGCCAAACCUUUUUCCAGAAUCGGAUGACCAGUUAUUAGAAUUAUUAUCUCUAGCAAUGCGAAAAAAAAUUACUGACUCAUCUACAAAAAAUAAAUGGGCCGAAUCACUUGAAUAUAUGCAGUAUAGAAUUGAAGAUAUAAUUAUUCCAGAUGGGUUUGCCGAUACAGCAUCGGGAUGUCUUGUUAUGAAUAAAGCACUAAAUGAGGCAUUAGGAUGGAAUCUUGGGAUGGCACCAAAUUUUUCCCUUAGACAUAAUUCUGAUCAUAUAACGAAAUUAGAAGGAGGACAUAAGGAUGUUACUGAAACAGGACAUGUUGUUGUUAUUGAUGAUGGAAAACCUGAUUACCUUCUUUGUUUAGGAACACCAUGGAUUCGAAAAGUUCAAGGAAUUCUAGAUAUAAACAAACAUGAAUUUCGAAUGAUAGUUCGUGGAAAAUCUUAUAUUAUUCCAACCUUUACUAAGCCAAUCAAGGAUAAUAUUUUAUCAAGCCUUUAUACAACAGUGAUUUGGGAUAAUAAUUCAAAAAAUCAAACUUUUGAUUCUUCUACCAAGAUCGAUACUAAAGAGGAGCCAGCAUCUAAUGAGGAAAAAGA